ACCAACUAAUUCUCAAAGAUUGUUGAGAUGACACGUGAAAACAGGGGACUAUUUACAUUAAUUUUUGUCACACGGAUAAUCUAUUAUCGCUCUACAAUCAAUUGUUCGUGAACUCUGGCAGUCGUUAUUGAUAAUCACUGUGAAAGAAUGGCCAUUCGAAUAACUCUAGAAUGUGGCCAUGUAUCGAUGUUGAGACCGAGAACAACUCUUGAAGGCUACACACACGAUUGGGAAGUGUUUAUUCGUGGCGUUGACAAUGCUGACAUAAGUCAAUACGUUGAAAAAGUGGUUUUUCAACUUCAUGAGACCUUUCCCAAACCUAAGAGAACACUGAAAGACGCACCAUAUGUUCUGAAGGAAUCUGGCUACGCUGGUUUUGUUCUGCCAAUUUAUAUUUACCUUAAGAACAAGGAUGAACCCAAGAAAAUAGAGAUAUCGUAUGAUCUUACCUUGGCACCCAGUGGACCAGCUAUUACUAAUGUUAUGAGACACUCAGAAAUUAUUACAAAUCCACCUGAUGAGUUCAGAAGAAAAUUACUCAAAGGUGGUGGUGUGUUAGUAUCGACAUCCAAUGAACCCCACGACAAGAGUGAAUCAAAGGUAUCGCCCCAAAUGUCAGGGAAACCAAAAUUGAGUGGAGCGGAGGCAAGGAGGCACCGUCCAAUGGAGCCUCGAUCAACGAAUCAAUUCGCUGAUCUAUUCGGAGUUCCCAUAAAAACUGGCAAUAAAGUCUCUCCGGAGACAAAAAAAAUCCAAGACAAAAGCAAUCACCACAAACUUCCUCCAGAGAAAUUGGAGAAAAUCGAAAAAUCAAGUAAAUCAAAGUCCAGUCCUCACAAGGACCUUAAAAAAGACAAACCCGAGGAUAUAAAAAAAGACAAGAAAGACAAAGAACUGUCAAAAGAUAAAGACAGAUCAAAAGACAAAGUGAAGCGACCCCAGAGUCCCCCCAAAUCUGAUUAUCAGAGUCCAGCCCCCAAGAGGCCGCAGUCACCAGUAUCGAAGAAGCAACUGAGUCCCCACGACUCGAAUAUUCAAAAGUCCCUGUCUCCGAAAAUUCGAGAAAAGGACCAUAAAAAAUUAGUUCUUGAUCGUGAAAAGCAUACGGAAAAGCCAAAGGAGCCAAUGAAGCCCACAGAGGACGUGAAAGUUGACAAAAAGAAGAAGAAACAUAAGGAUGACAAGGAGUCAGACCGAAAGGAAAAAAAUCGAGAGAAGAAUAAGGAGAAAUCAAAAGAUGCAAAACCCUUGGAGAAAAAAUCGGAGAAGCACGAGAAGCCAGAGAAACAGGAGAAAGAGAAGAUUCAGGAGAAUCGUACCCAGAAGGACAUCAAAAAGUCUCCGAAGCCGUUGAAGGAGGGGGAACGUAGUUCCUCGAAGAGUCGUCCCGAAGUGGACAAGACUAAAGACCAAAAAGUGGAUAAAGAACGCCAGAAGCACAAACACAGGAAGAAGGAUAAGAAGGAGAGGAGCGACGACAGCAGGGAGAGAGAAAAACGAGAGAAGAAGGAUAAACAAAAGUCCUACGACAAGGACGGGAUUCCAACAGCACCAACGACCAAUCCCCUUUCGGCUCUCCUUGCUGAAGUCCAGGACAGGGAUAGUAGUGAUUCAAAUUCAGGUGACGAGGACGAAGAUAAACAAGUUAUAAGUAUCAAGAAUGAUCCUGAGAGCAGCAGACUGGUUUCAGAGGUCAGGUUAACCAGGCCAGUCUCACCAAGUGCAUCUUCUGGGAAGGUUAAAACAGAAAAGGUUAAGAAGGAGAAGUCCAAGCCGCGCUCCGAUGACAAAGAUAACCGGAAGCGAAAGAGGAGGAGUGACAGCAAGGGAGACGACGAUGUUCCCACAAAGAGGGAAAAGGAUCCAGCUUUCUCACCACCUUUGGAACCAGUCUCAUCCAGUCAGUCGCCAGUUGCUGCUGAGAUGGCUACUAAUUAUACCACCAAUGUUAAGGAGCAAGAGAAUUUACACAAGGAGGCCUUUGAGACUGAACAAAUAGCACCGGACUCUACUAACAAUAUGCUGGUGGAGUCUGAGGGUGAUGAACCCCUCGUCUUCUCCGAGGAUUAUGUUUCGCAGCUAAAGGACCUCCAGCAGAAGAUCAUGACGUUGCAGGAUAAUCAGGAGCUCCAAAGGGUUGUCCAGGUUAUCGCUGCUACUGGACAGUAUGAAAUAACCAGGAAAACCUUUGACUUCGAUCUUUGUGCACUCGAUCGCAGGACUGUUCAACGACUACAAGAGUUCUUCUCAGCGUCCUGACGAGCCGAUGAGUAAUGGCUUGAUUUGAGGUUUUUUUCAGGGAAACAUUAUUGUUUCGGUUUUUUUUUUUUAUUGUUCCAAUGGAUCGUCUCUAUUUAUUGAUGAUGAGUAGUGAUUCAGAGGGGAGUAAGAGGCCUGAAUAUUAGGGGGAUGAGUGGGCAGAAGAAAUUUCCGGUUCGAGGGAGAAAUAUUUUUCUUGGUUUAUUGAUUUUUAAGACCUUCAAAAUUCUUUCGAGGGGCAUCGUGAUGAGGACAAAUGCUCUACCAGAGAUUUCGUGUCAAUAUUUUCAUGGAAUUUUCAACUCUAAUAUUUAUGAGCGAGUAAAAUGAGUUGAGUAAACCUCUUACUGCACUCAAUCACUGGAAUUCAUAGAAAAUAAGUAGAUUCAAAUGUUAUGUAAAUGUUAAAACAAAACUUGUACAUUACGUUGCGCCAAACUGUGUAGUUUAGGAAUGAAUUUUCAUUGAUUCAACGCUGUCCAAGACAUUGCCAAAUAGUUUCUUUUCUUUUUUUUUUGUUUUAUUAUUACGAAUAUAAUCAUUUCUAGACAUCAUUGUAAUGAAGAAAAAGUAGUGAAUGAAUAUGUGGAAAUUUUUUUCUCGAAGAUAUUUAUUGGGACGAAAUUCAUUAAAAAAAAACAAUUUUAAAAUGUUUAGUGUAUUUGUGAAUUACAACUAAAUACAUACUCAGCCUCGUGACUUCAAUAAAUUAUAUAUUUUCAAUAUAAAUCGAAUACAUUUGUGUCGUUAAGGGCGUUAACGUUAUCGUGAGAGAAUGCAUGAAAUUUGAGGGAACAGAUUGUUCAUCAUUAGUGCAGCAUAAUAGGGCAUAAUAAAAUAAUAUAAUUUAUUAAACAGAAUAUUGAGAGAAUUGUCUCUAUAAGUAAGUAUGAUAAUUAAUUGUAAUAUUACGUUUGAAAAAAUUGAGCUUAAUGUUCUACAAGUUUAAUUAAACAGGAAUCUAUCAUGCAAACUCUUGAUUAAACAGAGUUUUUUUUAAAGUUGUACGAGAGAAAUUGUAUUGAUAUAGGCGGAAAAAAUUGACAUUUUUAAUAUUUAAUUUGUUUUCAUUUUGAAACCUGUAACAGUAUCCAAACGUUUUGUUAUAUAAAAAUAAAAAUAAUAUAAAAAUUGAAA